GCCAAUCAACAACCGGUUUUUGUUGUUGACUGAGAGAAGGAACUAGCAGCAAGUUAGCAAUCAAAAACGUUUAUACAGGUCUGCAGAUUGCUACAAGUUUAUGGCAUAAAUAUGAAAGAGGACAAGGAAAACACUCGUCCGAUGGAGGAAAGGAUGGAGAUAAAAUGCGAAAACAUUGAAAAAACGGAGAAGCCAAAGCCGGAGAAGAAAGAAGCAAUGACGAAGAUCAUUAUCCGACGUCUGCCUCCAAGCAUAACCAAGGAGGAACUGGAGAAACAAUUGCAGCCACUUCCAGAAGUGGACUACCUAGAAUUUUUCGCCAAUGACAGCAGCAUGUACCCCCACGUCUUCGCCAGAGCAUACAUCAAUUUCAAGAUUCAGGAAGAUAUUGUACUUUUCAGAGACCGGUUUGAUGGAUAUGUGUUCGUUGAUAAUGGAGGGCAGGAGUAUCCAGCCAUUGUUGAAUUUGCUCCUUUUCAAAAGAUUGCCAAAAAAAGGAGUAAGAAAAAGGAUGGUAAAAGUGGAACAAUAGAUGAAGAUGCUGACUACAAGAAAUUCCUGGAGAUUUAUAAUGGCGCUGAUGAAAAGUUUACAUCCACCCCCGAGACUCUACUGGAGGAAAUUGAGGCUAGAACAAAGGAACUAGUAGCUAAGAAAAUGACUCCCCUCUUGGACUUCUUAAAGAACAAACAGAGAAUCCGUGAGGAAAAGAAAGAGGAAAGGAGGAGACGAGAGCUCGAACGGAAGCGCCUGCGGGACGAGGAACGUCGGAAGUGGAGGGAGGAGGACAGGAGGAAGCGCAAAGAAGCCGAGAAGUUCAAGAAAGGAGACAAAUCUUCCGAGAAGGAUAAAGACCAAGCGAAGGAGGGGCCAAAAAUCAAGCUCCUGAGAAAACCAGACAGAGGAGAUGACGUGGAUGUGGAGAAGCUUAAAGAGAAGUCAAAGAACCCUGAGAAGGACAAGAUGAAAGACGACAGAGCUCCUGGGGGUCCUGAUAUGAAGAAACGCCAAAACCACGAAACCAGGGAGGAUAGGUUAUCAUGGAAAGCUGAAGAUGGACACAAAGACUUCAGAGAGCGUGACGUAGACAGGGACAGGGACCGCGAACGAGACAAGGAGAGGGAGCAGCGGCAGAAAGAGAAGGAGCGCAUCAGACGACAAGAUGAGGAUCGACGAAGGAGGAGGGAACGGCGCGAUGGAGAGAAGUCCUACAGAAAGCGAGAGGAAGAAAGGAGAAGAGAUCAUGUCUGGGAAAGGAGAAAGGGCGAGAAUGCCGGGAACUCCGCAAGCCAUACUGAUAAGCCUAAAAAGUCAGAAGAAACCCUGAGGGAGGAGAAAGCUAAAAGAGAUCGUUUAAGAAACAAGGAUCGGCCUGCCGUUCAGCUAUACCAGCCAGGUGCCAGGAACCGAGGAGGAGGAGGAGGAGAAUCUCAUGCUGGGGAGAGAAAGUCAGAGCGAGACCAAGAGAAGGGCGAUGAAUGAUCAAAAAUUACCACAAAUAAAGAAUGAUAAAACGAUUGAGGAGAGGGAUCUGCUCUGAGCCAAGCAAGCUGGUGCCAGAGAGGCUGCUGCAGUGGUACUCCUGCAGAGCCACAUCCCGUCCUCCCACUCCCAACCAUAGGCAAGGAUGUGACCUCAGUGCCUGAAGGUGCCCCUCUUUUAGUUUUGUUUAUGGAGAAAAGCAAGGGAAAGUUAGCACUUUAAUGUUUGCGAGAGUUCGGCUAUAGGGUGCAACGAGACAAAGCCAACGCUCUAGGACCACAUGAAUUUAAAGUGACCUUACUACAGUAUUGCUACACAGUCUGUGUUACACAUUUGCGAAGCACGGUUCUUAUAUUGAAUAGGCUUUCACCCUCAUUAGUUGUUCAUACAUAAAAACAGUUUCACAUACAUGUUUUCUAUUUUAGGAACAGUGUAGGAGGCUACUGGUUUAAAUAUAUCCGGUUGCUUCUUUCAAAAUCUAACCACCUUUUUAGGUUUAUACAUUUAAAAGUGUGUUUUCUAUUUCCCCAACAAGUCCUUAAUACUCUGUACAGGUAAAAAAAUUCAGGAUAAUUAAAUAGCCAUUUCAUUUAUUUUACAUUUUUAGUCAUUUAGCAGAUGCUCUUAUCCAGAGCGACUUACAGGAGCAAUUAGCGUUAAGUGCCUUGCUCAAGGGCACAAGCGAAAUAUAGAACUGUGAGCUAUGCCUUGACUUGAGACUGCAAGCAACCCCUAAUGUGUGACUAUUAACUUGUGGCCUUCCCCAUUGUACUCAUACAUCUUCAUACAUACAUAAUGCUACAGUAUGGUAACGAAAUUCUAAUUGGAAUAAACAUCUAUACCUUA